ACCUCGAACAGAGAACAUUGAAUAAUAAGCGGAAGCGAAAAAGCGCACAGCUAGAAAAGUUCGUCAAAUGCGACAAGUUUUCCUCGUACGUUUUUCCCGCCAAAUGAGUCAGAGAAAUUUUACAAGUGCUUGAAACGAAAAGAAAAGACUUACAAAAAGUGCAAGCUGGAAAAACAUUUUAUGAACAUAUAUAUUAAAAAUAAACAAAAUAUAUUUUGUUUAAACUCAAACAAAGUCAUCAUCAUUAGUAUUUUGUGUGAAAUAAAAUACCACCAUGGCCAUUGCAUACUUCAUACCCGAUCAGGCCCAACUAUUGGCCCGAAGCUAUCAGCAGAAUGCCCAACAAGCAGCCACCAGCCAAAGGACAUCAUCUGCCACACCCACACAGCAACCAGGACAACAGGCGCAACAGCAACCUGCACAGGAGCAACAGCAGCAGGAGCCACGACAGGCGCCACAUCGUCCUCAAUUCCGAGCCAACAUAUCGGUGCCCCUCGGCAGGCAGCAGGGCUCGAUGACCAUGUCGGAGUUCGGAUGCUGGGAUCUCCUGGCCCAGAUCUUCUGCUACGCUCUAAGGAUCUACAGCUACAAUUCCAGCCAGCGACGGCCGACGGUCAUACAGAUAUCCUUCGAAAUCAGCGGCGGCAGUCAGGACUCCGAUGAUGAUGUCACCGAUGCCAGUGCCUCCAAGGAUAACUAAAUUUGGUUCCCAAUUUUUCACCUGGGUGGCAAGAGAGGAUACUCUCUAGGGAAGGCAGGCUCAAUCAAAGCGCAUUGUGAUUUCUUUUUUGGGUAUGGACACACGAGGAGGGAAGAGUUUUUGUAAUGAAGAAAAAAGGAUAUUUCCACCACAAAAUAAGAAAAAUAUUUUUAAACUAUUUUUGAGAUAGAGAGAGAGAGAGGCAGAGGAAAAUUCAAAAUUUGUCAUCGAUUUGCUGAAAGUGAUAUUGACUGUUGGUUAAAUAUUUUGAUGCCAUUUUCAGUUCAAGGAAAAUGAUUUUCUUUUUUUUUUUUGGCAAGCAAACAAGCAAAGGUUUCCCGGUUGGUUCAAAAUUAUUUCGAGGGCAGAACAUAAAGUUGUGUAAAAUUAUCAUAAACCUAAUCAGUGUCUAUACAUAUGGGUAAAACCACCAGCAACGUAUUAAGCUAACAACUAAUUGUCAAAUUUUUGCAUUUCAACUACUUAAAUAUAUAUAGAGUUUUAACUAAGCAACUCCGAACUACCAUACAGAACCAACAAAACCACAAGAAGAACAAAAGACAACAACUCAAUUGUACAAAAUAGAUUCUAAGCAGACAUCAAAUUUUAUAUGUUUACAAAAAAGAAAGCGUAACAGAAAAUACAAAAAAUACAAUGUCAAUAAUCUAGCUACAAAAAAAAAGCAAA